AGGUCAUUAGUGUUGUUGUUGACUUGAACAUGAUGAAACUGGAAUGGAAAUAGCACUGGCAAAUAUAUGCACACGUACGAGGGUGUGUUAAUAUAAAAAAAAUCUGGACUUAUUUAAACGCUUCGCAUACUGGCCUAAUUUCAUAGACCUACCUACAAACCUAUGUGCAUAAAUCUCGCGAGAUGUCAUUAUCGUCGCGUGAUUUAAGAUGGACGAAAGAAGAAGGAACUUCGUAAAGAUUUAUAAAUAAUGAUGCAUAAUUGUGGUGAAAGUUGUGUUUGAAACUGCGUUUUUGUUCAGAAUGGGAGCUAAAGAAUCCAAGCUUCAGUACUUUCCUUUCGAGGAGGCAUGUAAACGAAUGAAGGACACAGAGAUGAAACGCUCCAAGGAUGCCUUCAAAAGAGUGGCCACACUAGGUGGACAGAUGUCCGACAUUGUCUUCUGCCGCGAAGUACUAGGAGAUGGUGUUCCAGCUGGUAUUGCCAAUCUUCUGUAUAGAGGAUUUGGGGGUACUUCCAAGGGAUUAUCUCUAAAGGACUUGCUCUGUGGAUUGGUUAUCCUCACCAAAGGCUCUCAAGAGGAGAAAAUAAAAUUGCUGUUUGGGAUGUACGCGGAUGACAGUUACUCCUACGUACAGAAGGAGGAGAUGGACCGACUAGUACUGGAGUCAGAGGGACAGAUCUCCGUCGCCCUCUCUGACCUUUUUCAGGAGAAUGACCAGGUUUCCUUUGAUUAUUUUCGACUGUGGGUGAAGAAACAUCCCGACGCCACAGAAAUGACCAAAUGGCUUCUGAUGGAACAUAUGACAGUCAGUCUCUCUGACGACACCGACACGCCCACCUUCUACCAGACUUUAGCUGGGGUCACACACUUGGAAGAAACAGACAUUAGUGAACUAGAGAAAAGGUAUUGGACUCUGAAAUCCCAGUCUAAGAGUGGAAAGUUUGACCUUGACACAUUCAAGGCCAUGGUGUGUCCACCUGUUCCGGAGGCGAUUUGUGAGAGUCUUUUCCAUGCCUUUGAUGAAAAUCGAGACAAUCAUAUUGACUUCAAAGAAAUGGCCUGUGGAAUAUCAGCAUGUUGUAGAGGUCCUGGUACUGAGAGACAAAAAUUUUGCUUCAAAGUGUUUGAUGUCAACCAUGAUGGCAAAUUAUGUGAAAGAGAACUGGUACAAAUGGUGCAAGCUCUGCUUAGAAUUCGUCAAGAGAACCACCCAUCUGACUCAAUGGAGUGUGAUCCUUUCUACAAAAUGGAACCGGAGACUGUAGCUCGAGAAAUCCUGGCAAGCCAUGACAGCGACAAGGAUGGCUGUAUCAGCCAGGCGGAGUACUUAGUGUGGACGGUCAAUAACGCCCUGGCAGAUAAUUUCCUAGAUUUACUCAGUCAGAUAUGUCAUCUGGUAAUGGGGCUAAAACCUCAAUCUAAAGAAGAGGAAGGGGAGAUAAUUAAACAAUGGCUUCAAAGAGAAUCAAAGAAAGCUUUUGAAGUUGGACAGGUGUGGUAUUUGAUCAGUAUGGGAUGGUGGAAUUCAUGGAUUGAAUAUGUCACCCCACAAAUUCAGCUAGUUAAUGGUAGAUUAGAUAACGGUGAAGGAGACAGAGUGAACGGUACAGAGACUCUACACAAGAUCACCAAGGGCAAGCAAGCAUCAAAAGCUUUGCCUUGGGAUGAUGACUCUGUCAUCAUUGUCAACAUGAUCACCAAGGGAAAGAACUCUGAAUACAACACUCAGCUCAAUGGCAGCCUCAAGUCUAGCACAAUCCCCCAGAGAUCCCAGUCUGCCUGUAGUAGUCCCAUCAAGACCUGCCUGUCCGCCUCAGACUCCAAUGGAUUUACCAGCGUCAGUCCGGGACCAUCCCCGAAACUCCGAAAGAAGGGUCUGCAGCAGACAUGUGCUCUCCCAGUGAAGCCAGGGCCAAUAGACAACUCUAAUCUCAUCACACCCAACAACUCAAAGGUAGUGAGUCUUACUGCAGAGGGAGGCAGGCUUCGCCGAGACACGAUGCUAGUAAGGGGCAAGGAUUUUGAAUUGGUUCCUGAGGUUAUAUGGAGGGCAUUGUCAACCUGGUAUGGGGGAAAUAUCGCUCUACCCAGAACAGUAAUUUCUUCAAAGAACAACAAUGGCAACCCAGAACUGGAGCUGUACCCAAUCACUGUAAAGCUGUUACGACACCAGAUUGUUCCUCAGCGCCCCGCCCCUACCUCAUUUACAGGGGUCAUGUCCGGAAUUGGUGGCAUGGCUCUCAGUAUGACAAAUUAUGUCUCCAGUGCCCCACCCAUUCCUAGGCGAUAUGUUGCAUUCACAGCAACCUUCAGCAAGCAGCAUACCAUUCAGCAAAUUUAUGAAUUUCUGUGUACCAAAGUACGAUUUAUCAGGGAAGACAUCAGAUUAUGGAAAAUCGGAAAUAAAGAUGAUAUCAUGACACUGCUAGAAGAUGAAUCCAUGACAGUAGAGGAUUGUGGGAUAGAAGAGAACCAGUCAAUAUUGAUAGAAGUUCGAAAUAAGGAUCUGACAUGGCCAGAGGAGAUAUCUCAAUUGGCAAAGAACAAAACAUGUCGGAAGGAACAGGUGCCCACCCAGAAAGGUGCCACAGGGCUCAACAAUCUGGGCAACACCUGUUUUAUGAAUGCUGCUGUGCAGUGUGUAUCUAAUACUUGGCCUCUCACUCAGUAUUUUAUUGGAGGUCUUCAUCUGUUUGAACUAAACAGGUCAAACCCUUUAGGAAUGAAGGGACAUAUAGCUCAGCGAUAUGGAGAACUAGUCAAAGAUCUAUGGAGUGGUACAUCCAAAACCAUAGCUCCUCUUAAACUCCGGUGGACCAUUGGUAAAUACGCACCACGUUUUAAUGGUUUCCAACAGCAUGACUCUCAGGAAUUGUUAAGCUUUCUUUUGGAUGGUCUCCAUGAAGAUCUCAACAGGGUGCACGUCAAACCAUACGUGGAGCUGAAGGACAGUGAUGGCAGGGAGGAUGAAGUUGUUGCAGAGGAGGCAUGGGAAAACCACUUGAGAAGGAAUCAGUCCAUUAUAGUUGAUCUCUUCCAUGGUCAACUCAAGUCCCAGGUGCGCUGCAAAGAAUGUGGGCACUUAAGUGUCCGAUUUGACCCAUUCAACUACCUCUCUCUUCCUCUCCCAAUGGACAGCUGUAUUCAUCUGGAAGUCAUAGUGACAAGACUAGAUGGAUCAGUACCAAUCAAGUAUGGGAUCCGACUAAACAUGGACGAGAAAUACAAAGCCCUGAAGAAAGAGCUCAGUCGGCUGACCAGCAUUCCUCCCGACCAGAUCUUGUUUGUGGAAAUCAUGGGACCAAUCGUCAAGGCAUUACCAAAGGACAAUCAAAUGGUGAAGACGCUGGUAGGAGGAGUGCUGUAUGCCUACGAACUCCCUCCUCAUGAGGAGAUCAAACCAAUGACAAUCGAGGAGGAGAAAGGUACUGUCCUCAAAAACUCUGUGGGCCUCAAUGACAUCCAGCGAGGACUGGCCACCAAAAAAAUUCAGCAGAAGUUAGAAAAUGGCCCCUCAUCAGUAUCCAAUGCAUUAACAGUGGAGGAUUCCUCUGCCAACAACACACCCACACAUUCCCGCCACCCCAGUGAUGUCCCCACCAUGGGCAGUCUCCAGCCAACACCAGAAAACCCCGCCCCCAAACCCUCCUCAGAACUCUUCUCUGGCUUUGUUAUUGGAGUUCACAGGAAAAUGAACCUGAUGGACGUCUAUUUCCUUUCCUCACAAAAGGCGCGACCCGGACUGUUCGGUACUCCCAUCAUCCUCCCCUGUGUGGAGGACACGACCAAUCAGGACCUGUAUCAGUUUGUGUGGACCCAGGUGUCCAGACUGGUCAGUCCCCUCCCUCCCUCAGAGUCCAAGUCAGCAAACCACGCCCAGGACUGUGAUGACAGUUUGGGUUAUGAAUACCCAUUCACUCUCAAAGUUGUCAAGAAAGAUGGUUUUUCUUGUGCGUGGUGUCCAUGGUACAGGUUUUGCAGAGGAUGUAAAGUUGAGUGCAAUGCAGAAGACUUUAAUUUUGGGGGUUCAUUUCUCGCCAUUGACUGGGAGCCCACAGCUCUACAUUUACGAUAUCAAACAGCAUUAGAAAGACUAUAUGAGGACCAUGACAGUGUGGAGGAUAGCCGGCGGAAACAGACAGAGCCCAUCAACCUGGACACGUGUCUGCAGGCCUUCACCACGGAGGAGGAGCUAGGGGAGGAUGAGCUCUACUACUGCUCCAAGUGUAAAAAACACUGCCUGGCCUCCAAGAAACUAGAUAUAUGGAGGCUUCCUCCCAUACUGAUUGUUAAUUUAAAAAGAUUCCAGUUUUUAAAUGGCCGCUGGGUCAAGUCCCAUAAAAUAGUGAACUUUCCUGUAGAGGACUUUGACCCCUCAAACUAUUUAGCUCCCCGAGUGUCCUCUAGUGAUGAUGAUAAACAAUCAGUGACUUGUGUAUGUCAAAGUGAAACAUCUGCUGUAGUCGAAAAUGUGCCAAAUGGAGACAUUCCAAACCAUAGAGAUGACCAGACUCAUGGAGACAUGACAUAUUCACCAGACUCCUUGAAUUCACCUUGUAUGAAAUGUCAGCUCACUCGAAACAUUCCCACCGAUGAAAGUCCCAUCAAGUACGAUCUAUCCUCAAUGUCGUGUCAUACAGGAAUCUUGGGAGGAGGCCAUUAUGUAUGUUAUGCCAAAAAUCCCAACCAGAAAUGGUAUUGCUACAAUGACAGUAGUUGUAAAGAGUGUUCUGUGGAACAGAUGGACUGUAACUCAGCUUAUAUAUUAUUCUAUGAGAGACAGAAUAUAGACUUUAGUCACUUCAUGCCCGAUGUUGAAGGAAAAGAACCAGAUCUACAAGAAAUUGAUGAUGAGUUUGAGUCCGACCUUAAAAAGGCUUGUGUACUACAGUGAAUAUAGGUCAAGGUCAUUAUUUAUCAGAUUGCAUGACAAGUAUUGAAUGUACUUUUUGGCAAACCAGUCAAUAUUAAGAGUCAGCUUUUCCAUUUUUAUCUUUUUUUCCCACUGUACUGUAGGAAAACUUUGAAAUCCAUGUUUUCUACAUGAAUCAUUGCAUUUGUUGAUUUUGUGGUCUUUUUCAGUGAAUGGACAGUUCGUAGAUUUUUUUUUUUUAAAUUAUUGAAAUAAGUAAUAUCCAUGUGUUUGAAUUUUACUACAAAAAUAUGUUUAUUAUUUGAUUUUUGAAUACUGAUUUUGAGCUGUGUUACGAUUUUUAUGUGUUUGUAUGAAAGACUCAUUUUUAAAAAAAAAUGAAGAUGGGUUGCGAUAUAAAUUGAAUUUCUUGGAUGACAAAUGACUUUGAUGAAAGGAUAUUUUCAUGUUUUUAAAAAUAAAGUUUGAAGUAACUGUAAGAAAAAAAACCCCUGAUGUGACUACUACUGUUGAUACAUGUACAUGUAUUAAAACUCUGCUUCCUUUUACUAGUAGUUCAUACUUUGUCUAUUCUUUUCAAGUCGAUUUUUUUCCUUCAUUUUAUUAAUCACUAGUCAGUCUUUUGGUCAUAUACUCCGUGCCUUAGUUACUAAUACCAUUCAUGUGGAUAUGAAUGCUCUUGUACUACUAGACAGGGAUUAUGCUAAACUAAAGAGAGUUUUUAGAUAUAAAUUAAGUUGAUCACAAUGCAUUUUGUUGUGAAUAAAAGGCAAUACAUGUAUUAAAUUGACCCGUGUAUCAUUUCAUUGUGGGACAAAUGAUUCUUCAAAACAUCAUUUAGGAUUUUUCAUCAGCAAGAUGUGAUUAUGCUUGUACUAAAUACACAUUCCAAUGACUUUCAUUUACACUUAACACGCAUUCAUACAAAAAGGAUAAAGAGUCGUCAGUCUGCCAGGCAAAAUUUCAAAUUUGUCCAGUUGAUAAUUUAAUUAGGAUCUAAGAUAUGUUUUUGACUGUGAAUUGAUUAUUAAUAUAAAUUUGAUUUAAUAUUUAAUUUAAAAUUUUCUCCAAAAAAUUUAUAGUAUUUCAUUCGAUUGUUAACUUGUCUAAAGAUGUUUGCAAAAAUAAGUCAAUGCUAGCACCAAAUCUAAGAGUUCUUCAGAAUGGUAAGAUACAGAAUGGUUAUUUGGACAGUACAAUGUACUUGUUUUUUCAACAGUUCUGGUUUCAGUUUGGCUGCCAGGCCCCUAACAUUUAAACAUCCCCAAAAUAUCUGAGCAAAAAUUUAUAUCAUUACUCUGAACCAGGUAUGACACGCAUGUAAUAAAUAUCAGCAAUAUUCGCAAACAGUUUCUAUUCUCAGAUAUUUAUUGUUUUUUAAAAGUAAAAUUACAACUUGCUUACAAAUAUUAUUUUUUGAAAAUGAGUUCUUAACUUACCAUUUGUGAAUUAAACAUUUAUUUCAUAACUCUGAAUUCAGUCAGUGACCUCUUUGCGCUAACAUCAGUGCAAACAAAAGAUAUCGAUAUAAGUUGUAGAACUUGUUUAUCAAUUAUUGUAAAAUAACUAAAGUUCAGGUGUUUUUAAGAUUAAAAAUAAGGUGUAUAACUCUUGGUUUACUGUAAAUGUUAAAAUGGAAAAAGAUGGUUGCAUUGUCUUUCAGAAAAUUUUUUUUUAUCUAUUUAUUUUAAAAUACUUUAUCAUUACAAAAGAUUAUCUAGUCCUACCCAAAAUUGUCAAUAAAAAAUAACAGAGCGAAGUAUUUGUGCAGUCUUAAAAUGUUGUUUGCAUCAAUGGUAGAGCAGUGGAAACCAAUGAAUCUAAAUUGCUAAUAUGGAUAGAAAUGCAUUUUCAGGAAUUUGUUUUUCUAUAUCAAUUACUUUAUAUCAAGAAAUGUGUUUUUUAAUCAAUCUGUCAAAUAUAAUUUUGAGAGAAAAAAUGUAAAUGUACAUGUAUUUAUCAUUCUUACAUGUACAAACUUGUAUAUUCUUUUAAAAUUGAAAAUGUUAAUUUGAUUUCAAAGUUUAAUUGUGUUAAUUUUGUCCUUCGUUCUUGUUGUCUAUCUUGCCUACCUCAUUAUCUUGGAGUCUUUGUUGAAAUCAAUGAUAUUUUGUGAUUUAUUUGUAACAUAUUUACAUAAUUAUAGCAACAGUUUAAUUUUUUCAUGUUUUGAGUUUGUGUUUCUAUGUGUAACUCUGUGUAGGUGCUUCUUGCUGUAAACACUAUACACCAUUAUCGUUAUUUCUCUAUGUUGAACAUAGUGAGUAAUGCUGUACUUAUUGGUGUAAAAUUAUAAUAUGUACAUGUUUAUUUGAUAAAAAAAAAGACUUUAAAUAUUACAAUAACGCAUGCACAUUUUUGAAACAGCUGUGUGUUAAAACUGUGAUUCCAGUCCUGCAAAAAUCAACUAUCAGUUUUAUAUCAUCCUGUAUGAAAUCUUUUCUACUUCAAUUCAUUCAGUUUAUCUUCAAAAUGUCUAAACAUUUGCUGUGUAGAGUUGAUACAUGUUAUCAGUUUUACUGAAGAAAUAUUACACUGCUUUCAGUCAUAAAGGCCCACCAUAGUAUAUGCUGCUGAAUGGCUUCUUGCUUUCAAAAAGAUAUCUUGUUUUCUAAACUUUGUGAAUAAUCAUCAUCAAUCAAUCUGUAGUUGAUCAAUCUUGUUAAUCACCUUUUAAACAGUAACAAGUGUUUAAAUUGUGUACACUGAAUGCGAAAAAAUCCUGGAGAACUGUUUGAUUGUUGUUAAGUACUGUAGUAGUACAAUUCAUUACCUGUUGACUGUGAUUCUUUGUGUAAACUUUGUGAUUUGUCCGUGUAGACGUCAAUUGCAGAUAUCUGUGAUAUUUAGUCAGUUUUUGUUGAUGCUUUUAUUCCACAACAGUAGGAAGCAUCUUUGCCAUUCCUAUAUUCAGUAAAACAUUUAAAUAUGGAA